AUGUUGCUGGUGGACGGCUCUGACGAAAUCCCUGACGAGGAGCAGCCCGGCAGUCACAGCGGUGGAGCCGGCAUGGGAAUCUCAGCUGAAACCUUUGCGGAAACUCCCGGGAGACCCCCUGGAAUCUUGCGGGAACUAUUGCAUAGCAUAAGCCCUCAAGGGGAUUCUUGCCUCGGAGCGAAGCCGGCAAAGAUGCUGACUUUCAAAAAGUUACGUCGGGUGCUGCUGGUGACUUCGCUACUGUUCUGUGGUGCGUACCUGUACUUCGUGGUCCCGACGUUCCACGCGAACCUGGUGGAGCCUCCCGUUCCGCUCGAUGUGAAGCCAGAACAACAGCAGGAAGUUUCUCCAUCGAGUCCGCUCUCGAAAGCCCGCUCAGGUCUCCCGAAGUCGAACGAGGAACGGGAUCACACCAAGGAACAGAACCACAAGCAGCCGAACUCGAAGGAAAUCGCAGAAAGGCCUUGGUUCUUUCACAAUGGGGUGAAGCGUCCCUUGCCGGGCGAAAGAGGAAACUUGUGGCCUCAUGAAGAUCCGGACAGCGAUCGAAUCGUCGAGCAGUUGAUGUUCAUGCCUGAACACGACGGGACCGUUGAAAAAAUCUACCUGAAACAAGCCGCUUGGGGCUCGAUUCCUCUGGGACAGGACGUUUUUCUCCGGGACAACUGUCCCGUGAACAGAUGCUCGAUCACAAAUGACCACGAGCAGGCGGACGCCCUCAUUUUCAAAGACAGGUACCUGGCCCCACCUGGUAAGCGACGACCCGACCAAGUGUAUAUCCUCUAUUUGCUGGAGUGCCCCAUGCACACGCCGGGAUUCCGGGACCUAGGCCCAGUGUUCAACUGGACGGCAACAUACCGACACGACAGCGACAUCGUGGCCCCCUACGAGAAAUGGGUCCCGUUCCCGGACGUCACGGAGGACCCCCCACUAGAGGAGGAGGACGGCGCCGCCGGCGCGACGGCGACGAAUUUUGAGAGGAGGACGAAGAAUGUCGCGUGGUUCGUAUCCAACUGCAACGCGCGCAACGGACGUCUGCAGUUUGCGCGUAAAUUGGGGGCCUACAUCGACGUCGAUGUUUUCGGCGCGUGUAGUCAGAAGAAAUGUCCCCGCUACAAUCGAAAUUGUUUCGAAAUGCUCGACAGCACCUACAAGUUCUACCUGGCGUUCGAGAACUCGAACUGCAAAGACUAUAUCACCGAGAAGUUUUUCGUCAACGGCCUCAACCACAGCAUCGUGCCGAUCGUGAUGGGCGCCCGUAAGAGCGAAUACGCGCGCUCGUCCCCGACAAAUUCAUUCAUCCACGUCGACGAUUUCCGAUCCACCAAGGAACUCGCUGAGUUUCUCAAAAAAGUCUCCGCCAACCGAUCGCUUUGGGAAAGCUAUCUACGGAGUCGUCGGAGAGGCGAAAUGAUUAACACGUAUUUCUUCUGUAGACUAUGUGCAAUGCUGCAUGACGACAUCCCGCGGAAGGUUUAUCCCGACAUCCACGCUUGGUGGGCAGGUCCAGAAGUCUGCACGCCUCGAACGUGGAAGCCCGAAGAAGAGCAGAGUCGGGAACCGGCCUACAAGUUUCUAUGAGAAGGCCUCGAGCGACGAACUACUAUUUGUACAGACCUAGUUGGUAGUCUACACAUUGCGGAGAUGUCUGUUGCAUACUUGUGCAUUCAAUGUUUAUACACUUUGUAAAUGAAGAAAGAAGACAGGAACGAAGGAGGACAAGAGAGAAGAAGGAGGGGAGAAUCGAAGAGAAAGACUGGUCACCCAUUAUUGGGGACCAUCUUCCUAUUUUGUGAUAGCUCUCUUCAGGGCUUAGAUAUCGGUGGAGGAGACUGGGCUGGCAGGCGGGAACCUACUCACUGUAAACAACUCGAUGAAGAUCUCGUAUCGACUUCGAAUGAUGCCACGAUGACUCGAAGAAAGCCCGAAUCGAUCGCCUGGAUACAUAAUGUCUCUCUUUGAUUUUUGUUUCUGUAAAACAAAUGGAGCUCCACUGGCGCA